AUGAACCCGGGCCAGUUUGCGCUCGAUACCGACGGGACGUAUGCGAGCCUGCACGGCUUGGCGUUCCCGCUCGCCGAGGCCGCGGCGGCCGUGCGCGCGGGAACCCUGCCCGACGACCUGGCGUUCGUCUACUCGUCCGACAACCUGCGUGCCAUCCCGUCCAUUUCUGGGUGGACGCCGCCAGACAUUUCUGCCGCGGUGCAGCGCGCCGCGCGCAUCGUCGCUGCGAUCCGGUCGCACGGCUGGCUGGCUCCAGAGCUCGUGGACGGCGACGCCGCGCCGUUCCAGCGCGCCAUUGUGCGCUACCACGCCUGGCUCGACCUCAUGGCCGCCGUGGACGGCCACCCGUUCCUCGCGCCCACGCACGACAUCCAGCUCGUGUGGCACACCCACCAGCUGCGCGGGACGCGGUACCGCGUCGAGACGGAGCGGCUGCGUGGCGCGCCGCUCGACCGCGCAGACCAUUUCGUCGUCGUCGCGGACACGGACGGGCUCAAGCGCACCGCGGGGCUGUGGCGCGCCCGCUUCAAGCACGAGUAUAUCGAGAGCCCACGUAAGGGCGGAGGAAGCAGCGGAGGCGGGGGCGGCACGCUGCCCAUGCCUGUGCGCCGGGGGGCCGUAUAG